CAGAGGCCUGCCUGGAGCCCCAGAUCACCCCUUCUUACUAUACAACCUCAGAUGCCGUCAUUUCUACAGAGACCGUAUUCAUCGUGGAGAUCUCACUGACUUGCAAGAACAGGGUCCAGAACAUGGCUCUUUAUGCAGACGUUAGUGGAAAACAGUUUCCUGUAACCCGGGGCCAGGAUGUGGGCCGAUAUCAGGUUUCAUGGAGCCUGGAGCACAAGAGCGCUCAUGCAGGCACCUAUGAGGUCAGAUUCUUCGAUGAAGAGUCCUAUAGCCUCCUAAGGAAGGCUCAGAGAAAUAAUGAGGACAUUUCCGUCAUUCCACCCCUGUUUACAGUCAGUGUGGAUCAUCGGGGCACCUGGAAUGGGCCUUGGGUCUCCACGGAAGUGCUGGCUGCAGUAAUCGGCAUAGUGAUCUACUACCUAGCCUUCAAUGCAAAGAGCCACAUCCAGGCUUGAGGACAGCAUCCUCAACCCUCUAUUGCUUCUUUCAAUAAACAGUUGCUAUUUGCCAUGAGUACAUUUAA